AUGCCGCAUGCAGAGGCUCAGAGUCUCCGGCGCAGUGCUGUCGUGCCCAACGGCCGUGGCCUACCCAGUGCCGCCAGCAUGCCCAGUGCUGUCGUGCUAGCGGGCGACGCUCACCUGCCCCCGCCGGCGGCCUGUGCGGUGCCGGAGCCCCUUGCCUGCCCAGCGGCCCCGCCGCCGGCGAUGUGCCCCGCGGAGUGGAAUUGGCGUGUCGUCCUCGCAGGUCCCACGUGCUUGGACUCCUGGGCCGUGGUCCUGACGCCAGAUGGUGACGUGUAUAUUGAGGACGUCGACGCCGCAGUGGCAGUGCGAUGGUUCGGCCCAAACAACGAGAUCGAAGCUCGGGAGCCGUGCAAAAUCUUGUGUACCAUUGGCGAUUUCCCGAAUCAGGGCGCCCUGCGGCGGCGGGGCAACGCCGUGGCGGCGUCGGCUGGCGCGGGCGCAGCGGGCCGGCCGCGCCAGCCGCCGGGGUUGGCCGUGGCGCUGGCGCCAGGCGCCCCGGCGUGGGGCGAUGACGACGGCUCAGGCCCGCGGCGCUGUGAGCUCAACGUCGGGCCCGUGGCGGUGCAGACCGCGCGCUGGGUGGCCGCUGAGAGCGCAUUGUGCCGAGGAGGCGCAGUCAGCCGCGGAGAUUAUGUGAACCCCAACUGUUCGGAUAUGGCCAUCCAGAUGCAGGGGGUCGUCGUGGUGAUAGGAGUCGCCGCGCCGGUGAUAGGAGUCGCCGUGCUGCUCGAGGAAAUCGGAGAUUGUGACGUCGAGACCUACCGCUCGAAGGGGGCGCAUCACGAUGCGUGGUUUCGGAAAUUGCAGCGAGAUGGUCGUGGCGAGCGACAUCGGCUAGCGCGAGAUGUCGCUCGUGACGCGAGCGCCGUGGAGCAGAGGCAUGAGACGCUCGCCAAGAUCCUGGAGAGGUUCGGCGGCCACCACCAGUGCGACAUAGCGAACCGGGCGAGCGCUGAGGACAUUCUGCGGCGGAUGCGGAUGAUCGAGUGUUUCUACCGCGAAAUCGGAGUGCUGGGGCCUGCGAGGGGCCAGGACCCCCCGCUUAGUCCAGGCAAGGGCGGAGGGUCCGGUGGCUUGAGGCGGCGGCUGGAGCUGUCGCCCGCUGUGGUGCUGGCGUGGGGAGCUGGCCUGCGGCACGGCCCGUGGGGGCCGUGGGCUGAGCUGGGCGCGCGAGGCAUUGGGGAAGGUCGAGAUCAGACGUUCCCGGGAGUGUCCCAGAGGCUACACGAGGGCGUCGAGAUACGGGACGGGAAAACCGUACCCAACCAGUGCACGCAUCACAGUCGCGUGUGGCGGAUAUUCCCAGCCACAGCUGGCGGCGGGGGCGCCCAGCUGCAGGAACAGCGGGGCAAGGGCGGGGAAGGCGGCUUACCCGUCUGGUGCAAGCAACAGGCGGGGCAGGAGGCUCCCGCCGGCCGGCCGCCGCCCACCGGCUUCGCGCACCGCCUCGCCACGCACUACCAGCUCGCCUUCGGGCCGGCCGACGAUGCUGCGGGGGGCGGGGGCGCCGCGCCGUUGAGCCUGGCGGAGCCGGCGCCGCUGAGCGAGCUGGGGCCACCUCCAGGCUCGCGCGUGCUGGAGGCGGCGCAGCGCGCCCUGAGGAGCGGGGACGUGGAGGGCACGGCGCUCGUCCCGCUGGCGGGGCUGCCGUUCUCGCUGGGGCGCAGCUACACAUUCUCCGUGCGGGUCGGGAUCCCGCCGCAUUGGUCGCCGUGGAGCCCGGGUGGCAGCCCCCUGGCGGUGGACGUGCCGCCGCUGAGCUGCCCCCGCGCCGAGCUGCGCGUCGUGCGGGUGCUGAACAGGAAGGAUCGAGGGUCGAGGAAGGUCACGCUGGAGUGGGAUCCGGUCGUGUGCGACUUCGGCCACGUCCCGGUCGAGUUCCGCGUGUCCAUGCGCUGCGCCGCUGGCGAUCGCUCCGAUGGCGAGGCCGGCCAGCCCGUGGAGCAGCUCCUGGCGCUGCAUCGCGAGGAUGCGUGGCCGCCGUGCGGCCAGGAGCACCGGCCCUGCUCGCGGCUCGAGGUGGCCGUGCAGGGCUUCGAGCCAGGGCGCGACUACGAGUUCCUGCUGGCCGCCCGGCACGAGCUCUUCGGCUUCCCGCCGGCCCACUUUGUGGAGGUCGGGCGCUCGUCCGCAUUCCACUGGCACGAGCGGCUGUGCGAGGAGUGGUCCAUGCAGGUGGACCGGGCCCUGCCCGCUCCGGAGCAGGCGGCCGUGCCCCAGGAGCUGGAAGAGAGUAGUACCCGCUGGCAGGGCUCUUCGGUGCUUCUGGCGUGGCCGGCGAUCGCGGCCGCUGGCGACGGCUGCGGCCAGCUGGAGCUCCAGGGCCGUGGCGAGGUCGACGAGCACGCGGUGCUGGGGUGGAGGGCGCUGCAGUGGGUGCGCGUGCGGCUGGACGGCGCCGACUACGUGGCCGCGCUGGACGUGCCGUUUCAGAGCGGCCGAUUCAGGUGGCGCCACAGCGCCAGGCCCGUCCCCGGCCCCGCCAGCGACGUGUGCCUCGCGCACGUGCCCGCCACCGGGCCGCCGACCGCCGAGGUGCUCUGCACGACCUGCGCCCUGCGGGCCCGGGUGCGCGCGGGGAUCACCAGGGAGCAGCAGCGCGCCGCGCCCUCGUUCCGCGUGCGGCAUCGCCGCCUGGGCGGCGCCGCCGGGGGCCCCCAGGGGUGGCGCGCGCUGGACAUGCAGACGGUCGGCAAUGGGGCGCCGGGCUGCCUGCUGCUGGAGGCGCUGCUCGGGGAGGAGCACGGGCUGGUGCAGGGCGAGUCCUACGCGUUCUGCGUGCAGCUCGUCUCGGAUUGCGGGCGCAGCUCGCGGUGGUCCGCGGAGUCCGAGGCCGUGCUCUUCGGCGUCCCCGUCUCCUUCUCCGCCGACGUGGCCGCCUCCGAGCUCGCAGUAGAGGCGGCGUCGGCGCGCUCGGUGACGUUCCGCUGGCCGCGGCUGAGCGCCCCGACGGUGCUGCGCCCGACCCUGACGCCGGCCGGCCCGGCGCUCUUGGAGUGCCGGCUCGUGGUGCGCCGUCGCCGCGCAGACGGGGCCCUCGAGGACCGCGCGUCUCGGGGGGCUGGCGAGGACUCGGAGCCGCCGGCCGAGGCCAAGGUCUUCAACCUGCUGCCCGCCACGGAGUACGCCGCCGAGCUCUCGGUGAGGCUGGCGCGGCUGGGAACCAGGGCCUGGCAGCCCACCGGACUCGAGGCCUCCUUCAUCACGCCCCCGGAGCCGGAGAGGCCGCGGCGCACGCCCUGA